AUUCAUUUAUGAUGUAUUCUUAUUGACUUGCAGCCCGUAUUUAGUCCUUCUGUUUUAGCUGAGAUUAUGAGACCUGAUGGCUCAUCCACGAUAUCAGUUCUAGGUGGCGAGUCUUUGUCUGCUGAAUUGGCUCAUGAACUUAUGAGUAUUCAGCUUGGUGUUCUACUAGCAUCCGUUUGUCAUGUAUUACUUGUGGUAUCGGAGGGAGUUCAUGAUUACAGCAUGUGGCAAUUGAUGUUGACAGUUGACUUGUUGAAACAUGGCAUACCUGACCCAUCUUCAAUACUCCCUUCUCAUUCCCAGAGCUUCAAUUUGGGGCCCGAAAAGGAAAACAAAGAUAAAGACCAUAAAAGUGAAGAGUAUAUGUCUGCUCCAGUUUUUGUCCAUACAAAAUUGGCCGACCAAGAUCUCAGUCCACGAGAUUUUUCCCAGCUGAGGAAGGCCAUUUUACACUAUUUCAACAUGUCUUCCUUUAUGAGAGACAAAUCUAGAAAUAUGAGCAAAGGUCAACCACUUUCUUCCAUGGCUUCUGGUAUGCAGAGUAAUGAUCCUGAUUUUGCGUGGCCGGAUUUGUUUGUUAUCCCACGUAAGGGCAAGGAUGACUUCCCAAGAGAUCAAUAUGAAAGUUAUUUUUCUACGCUAUGCAAAUUGCGGGAUCAGGUUCUAGCCAUGAAUUGCCCUCCAUUUGCAAGGACUGUAUCAGAACGCGAUUGGUUGAAGAAUUCUGCCAAGAUUUGGGAACUCGUGAAGAACUCCCCAGUAAUUGCAGAAUACAGCAGAACACUCCAAAGUUCGGGUCUUUCUAGGAGGUAGCCAAGCCCAAGUAAUUCAAACUUGUCGUUGCUAAAUCAGUUAGUGGGCGGUUCUGUUGAUUAUUUUGGGCCAAUUUAGUUUGUGUUAAUGUUUUAUUUAUGUACAUGAUUAUGGUGUUGGUUUCCUAUUUAUAUUCUCAUCGGGUGAAGCCGUUGGCUCUUGA